UUUUUUUUUUUCCUUUUUUUUUGUAAAAUGCCUAGUGAAGAUGUACUUGAGUAUCGUUCAGUAGCAGGAAUUUCAAUCUAUCGAUCCCCUACUACAGCAAUGAAUGAUAGCAAUGACGCUGACAUUCAUAAUGUUCAGCGUAAGCCUUCCGAAAAACUUUAUUUAUUAGUGAAGAAACCAAGAGAAGACCAUGCUUGGCAAUUUCCUCAAGGAGGACUCAAAAAGAAACAUAAUGAAACAAUACCACAAGGUGCACUUCGAGAACUAGCAGAAGAAUGUGGACAGGAUAUUCAAGUGAAAUUGAUUGAUGAGAUGGAACCAUUCUGUGUUUACCAGUACUCUUUUCCUAUUGAAUUUAUUAUGUCUAAAAAGAAGAAAAAGAGAUAUGCAGGAGCCAAAGUAAAAACAAAAAAAUAAUAAUAAUAAGGUUAUCCUUUCUUUUAUGUUAACAAUAAUAUUUUAAAGGUACAAUUUGUUAGAGCAGAAUGGUUAUCAGGCCAAUGUCAACCUGAUGGUAAAGAGAUCGUUGAUUUUGGAUGGCUGAGUCAUGCAGAAAUAAGAAAUUACGUAUCACCAGAGUAUUAUAAUGGCAUUAAGAAGAUAUUUGAAUAAUAAUUUCAAAAGGACAAAAAAAAA